CGCUUGGGGCGGGCGCGGGGGGCGCGUGGGGGCGCGCGGGGGCGGCGGCGGCGCCAUGAACACCGUCCUGUCGCGGGCCAACUCGCUGUUCGCCUUCUCGCUGAGCGUCAUGGCGGCGCUCACCUUCGGCUGCUUCAUCACCACCGCCUUCAAGGAGCGCAGCGUCCCCGUGCGCCUGCACGUCUCCAGGAUCAUGCUAAAAAAUGUAGAAGAUUUCACCGGACCUAGAGAAAGAAGCGAUCUGGGAUUCAUUACCUUCGAUGUCACUGCAGAUCUGCAGGGGAUAUUCGACUGGAACGUGAAGCAGUUAUUUCUCUACUUGUCGGCAGAGUAUUCGACGAAAAACAACGCUCUGAACCAGGUGGUGCUCUGGGACAAGAUCAUUCUGAGAGGUGACAAUCCGAAGCUGCUGCUCAAAGACAUGAAGUCAAAAUACUUUUUCUUUGACGACGGAAACGGUCUCAAGGGUAACAGGAACGUCACGCUGACCCUCUCUUGGAACGUUGUGCCCAAUGCCGGAAUUCUACCUCUCGUGACGGGAUCGGGCUACGUCUCGGUUCCGUUCCCAGAAACCUAUGAAACGACCAAGAGUUAUUAAAUUAUUCUGGAUUCGAAGCAACGUAUUUUUAUACUUCUAUAUUAAUGAAUUUUAUCUCACCUCUCCCUGCCCCGAUGUCCGUUGCCCCCGCCGAACAAAUCGGGCUCCCCGUUUUGUUUAACUUUGGAAAGAAUACUGAAAUGAGGCUUUUUGAUUAUUAUUAUUAUUUUUUUUUUAAAGCAAGCAAGCAAACACUGAGAAUCCAAGAUGAUGGGGAAAUGACUUUAAAUCAGUUCUGCAAAAAAAGAGAAACCAAAACGGCUUGGCCACCGUUAUCAUCUUUCUUAUAAAUAAAAGCAAAAAAAAAA